AGAUCCCGAUGACGCACAUGACACCGGAAGCAUUGGCGCUUUAGCCGGAAACUUUAAAUAAGAGGUGCUCAAUGUGACAUUUUGGAGCGGUUACUUCUGUUAUAGAAGAAUAAGAAUGUUUCUCACUACUGUAAACUUUGCCAAGAGCAAAUCUAAGACUUUGCUGGUUCAGAUGGUGAGUGCGGCUGGCACAGGUUACUGUUUUAACACGAAGAGGGGCCGAUUGAGGGACAAACUGGUUUUGCGAAAGCAUGACCCCAUAGUGAACAAACAUGUUCUGUUCAUUGAGAAGAGGAAGAUACGAUCUCUUUAAAAAAUGGGAGAAACUCUUUUGACACAGACACUGAGAAGAUUGACUUUUUAAAGUCAUCGGCGUAAAACAACGACCACAGUGUGAUGAUCAACAUCCAGCAUAUGCAAGUGUCACUAAACAACUAUGAAGGAAGAAGAUUUACAUCAAAGUAAAGACCCUGCAUCACUGCAGCUGUGGAUGACUGGUCUAAUGAGACCAGAAAUGAGCUGUACAUCCUGUCAGGAUAAUGUGCUGUUAAAGCCAUUACAAUAAGUGUAUUAUGUUGGAUUUGUUUGGUUCUUUUGUUUUCUUUAUUGUACCAAGUCAGAAUUUUGACCUACUGCAAACAAUGAACCACCUACUCAAUGACAGAUUGCUUUAGGCUGAUGUGGAUUUGUUGGAAUAAUUAGCCUACAAAAUGUGUUUACCAGAAAAAAUGUUUGUAAUUAUAUAAAAAAAAUUGCAGUUCA